CUCUGCGCUCGCGCCGCCGCCCGCCGCCGCCCUCUGCUCCCGCGCGCGCCUUGCCGCUUCGGCUCCGCUCUCCGUGGGAACCCAUUGUAAGAGCCAGUAAAUCCUGUGGAAAAUGGCCUUCAGUGAUCUUACUUCGAGGACUGUGCGUCUUUAUGAUAAUUGGAUCAAAGAUGCUGAUCCAAGAGUUGAAGACUGGCUCCUCAUGUCCUCACCUCUGCCACAAACCAUCAUCCUGGGAUUCUAUGUCUAUUUUGUCACUUCUCUAGGACCAAAGCUCAUGGAGAAUCGAAAACCCUUUGAACUCAAGAAAGCGAUGAUAACGUACAAUUUUUCCAUAGUGCUGUUUUCUAUGUAUAUGUGUUAUGAGUUUGUGAUGUCUGGCUGGGGUACAGGUUAUUCAUUUCGAUGUGAAAUUGUUGACUACUCACAGUCACCUUUAGCGCUGAGGAUGGUACGCACCUGUUGGCUUUAUUACUUCUCCAAAUUUAUUGAGCUAUUAGAUACUAUCUUUUUUGUUCUGCGUAAGAAAAAUAGCCAAGUGACUUUCCUGCAUGUCUUCCAUCAUACCAUCAUGCCAUGGACCUGGUGGUUUGGAGUCAAAUUUGCUGCAGGUGGUUUGGGAACUUUCCAUGCCUUUCUAAAUACAGCUGUACAUGUUGUUAUGUAUUCAUACUAUGGGCUAUCUGCAUUGGGACCAGCCUUCCAGAAGUAUUUGUGGUGGAAAAAAUAUUUGACAUCAUUACAGCUUGCCCAGUUCAUUAUUGUCACUAUCCACAUAGGCCAGUUCUUUUUCAUGGAGGAUUGCAAGUACCAGUUUCCAGUCUUUCUGUACAUCAUUAUGAGUUAUGGGUGCAUCUUUCUGCUGCUCUUUCUCCAUUUUUGGUACCGUGCUUACACCAAAGGUCAGAGGCUGCCCAAAACUGUGAAAAAUGGAGUCUGCAAAAACAAAGACCACUGAAAUGCAAACACAACAUGAAUCUAUGAAUGAGACUGGUAUCUUACUUUCCUUGACAAUCAAGAGCUAUUUCCAUGUGAAGUGCAUUUUGUAUAUUUUUCAAAACCAAGAGCUUGUAUUUUUAUGAUAAGUUAUUGGGGUUUCUGAUAUUUGAGAGCCCAAAGCUCCCAGAUAACAGACCUCUGAUAAUUAGAGCCUAAAGCAGGCGGUUUUUCAGCAGCUUUUAAAUCUAAUCUAAAGGUUUUAUUUAAUACAUUUUGUUAUAGUGAAAGGAGGAUAUGAAACAGUAUAGUACUUUUCAAAGAAGUCCGGUAUAGAUGAGAAAUAUCGUUAGAUAUUUUGAGCAUGGACAGAGUUCUAUGCCAUACAAUAGAUUCCUUCUGCCAGGUCUGAAAACCUCUAACUGUGGGCGCUGGCUUUGUUGCUUGUUGAUUAUAUUCAGAAGAGUAUAUAUACCCUGGAGUUAAACUCCCAUUGUAAAGAGCUAACACUGGUGAACGUGAAGUGAAUUUUUGAUAAGUCGUUAUUUCAUACCACUAACAAUUUUUAAUGGAUCUCUUUUGAAGCUGCCACCAGUUUUGCUGAUAGGACUUCCCACAGCACUUUUGUUGUAUCAACUGCUCGAAAGCAACAGUAAUUUUGGUUAGUACAUUGAUGCACUUGACACUAAGUUUACGUUAAUAUUUUGAAAACAAGGUGAUUUGUUCUGUGGCUUGAUGAGCACUGUGCUAUUACUGUUUUGCAGUUAACUUUAUGUAUUUCUGGAAAGAGGUGAAAUACUUCUGGAAAAGUAUUCUGUAGUUCAAUGGGAAAAAUCGGUUUUCUGUUGUAUUGUAAUGUCACUUUCUCAUGUUGUCCUGGUUUAAAGGAUCAUCCUGGUUAAAUGUGUAUUGGCUAGAUGUGUGAACGUUCACAUCAUUGGCACGCUGCAGGUACCCUUAAUCAUAAGUGAUUUUAGACCACCUGUUAUUCCCAGUUUCCAGAGAUGGGUUGCAGUCAUGAGUAAAGAAGCCCAAGGCAAAUGGUGGCACAGAAGUUCUCCAGGGAAUUUUUGGUUCUGGAGGCUUUCUUAAUAAAGAGAGAAAGAGAACUUGUUUAAUAGUUGUUAUAGAUACAGUGCAUGGGAAAGUGUUUCCCAGAAGUAUGAAUUCUUCAAUAGCCUGGAUUUCUUUUUUUUCAAACCUAUAAACUCUAUAAUGAAGACCUGAAAUUCAUUUUGCCUACUUUUGUUUCUUCACGGAUAUUACUUCCUAAAAUUCUCUUGUUCUCACUUUUUCUUGGUGGCAAACCCAAACUACUGGUCGAUAGAGUUUUGCCCCAGAAACAAUGAUAUUUGCACAUUUCUGAAUUUCUCCCUAUUUUUUUCUUUUUUGUUAUAUUUAUAGUUGAAUUUGAAGGGCUGCCUAUGCCUGUAUGACUUUAAACAAUUAGUACUUAUGGGAUGGGCCUCAGUUGUGUAACACAGUGCUAGCAUUGUAUAGCAAACCUGAGUUUUUCCUCACUGUAAGCUCCUGUAGUUCAGUUUGUCCCCCCAGGCCACUAAUCUAUACCAUGGCCUCUUCUCUUAAACUUGCCAGGUUUACACUUGCCUUUAAAUGACCUUUACUGAUUUCACUUGCUUAUAAUUUGAGAAGAUGAGAGCUGAUAAAUGGGGGAAAUAACUUGUUUUUCUUAAAUAAAGAACAAAGGACAGAAAGCAGAGCUAAAGGAGCAGCUAUAAUUUAUUUCUCUGAGGGCCUCAGGAUUCCUUCAGUGUUUUCCUGUUUGGACUUUUCAUAUCCAACCUGUGCUAAAAAGAGACCAUGUAGUAGGUACUGUUACACAUGCACACAAUUCCCAAGGACCCAAGUAGGGAAAAGACCAAAAGGAAGCACAAAUACAAGACGAAACAGGAGAGUUUGGUUUUCAUAAUACUUUCCAUCCUGCAUUGUACAACCUCUCCUAACCUGCCUAUAGUCUUUAAAAUGUUUGACUUGCCAGAGAACUAGCAGCAACAUGUGAUGGAACUGGGUUCUAAAUUAUGAGAAUAGAAGUGGAGAUCUGGGAUGUUACAUAAAGAGAAAUCACAGCUAGCAGAAGUAUCCUCCAUGGAAACAUCAGUAGAUCAAAAUGAGUAUCACUGGAUAUAGGAUUUGCAUGGACAAUGUUUUAUUAAAGCGCUCUGUAGGUCACAUAGAGUUUUUUUGGGGGGUUUCAUCCACUUUUCAAGACUUCAUUGCCUUUGGGUUUACUUACCUAACAAAUAAAGAGGCCAGUUACAAAAUCUGGCUUAUGACGUGAAGCUCUAUGAAUCCUUGAAAACCUAUGUCUGUAUUAUAAAUCAAUACAAAUACAUAAUUUUAAAUAUCUAUUUACUGCCUAAAUGGAGUUGAAUUCUUAAUUAAGUGGACUACAUUGUACUUAAAUUAUAAAAUUAUGAGUUUAAAUUUUCUCAGUUACCUCUCAUUUCUGUUAAAUUGUUAAAGACUAUGGAAAAUUCUGUGGAUAUUGUCAAAGUUUGUGCAUGUGUGUGUGUCUUUUAUUUUGGAAUUUAAACGCAUAUAUUUGCAUGGGAAGAUGGUUUUAUUCCUGAAUAUUCAUUUAACCAAAGCAUUUUACACAUUGGUUGCCCACUUGCUAUAUUCAGAGCCUCUGCUAGAUAUGAGAGUGAUACAAAGAUGCCUCUGACAUAGUUGGAGCCUCCUGAAACUUAUAGACUGAUGGAGGAAAUUAUGUAACCAGGCAGCUAGGUGCCAUAUGAAUGAAAGUUGCUCACUUAGAAAGCAGGGGAGGCUACAUGAAGGAAUUAGAACUUGGGUUGUGUGUUUAAGGUGUACAGAUUGCAAAAUGGGUGGUGGGUCAGUGGGCAAGGUAUUAUAAGUAAAAAGAAGUAACAAAUCAACCUGACACAAACAAAGAAAAACAGCAAGAACAAAGCAUGGCCCGGGUAAGGAAAGUGUAGGGAAUGGCUAAAAGACCAAAGCAGAGGAGGAUUUUUUGCAGGUGAAACAGAGAGAUGAGUCCAGAAAGGGAAACGAGGUCAGAGCUUGGGGCCCACGUGGCUGUGACAUCUGGGCUUGAUUCUUCAGGAAAAUGAGAGCAUUCAGCGUUUUUUGAGGGAGGUGAGGUUUAAUCAGAGUGGUACCUUAAGAGUCAUCUGGUGGGGCGGGGUGGAGUGGCAGCUUUAGACGCUAAGGAGAGAGAUAAAUUGGUUGAUUAAGGGUGAGGGGAGGAAAGCCAGCAUGUGUGACCAGAAAGGAAGGCAGAUGUGAGAGAGCUUCUGAAGGGAGAGUUUCAUCUAGGCUGACCAUGGAUGGGAUGGGUAGCAGGUUCCAAGGAAGCUGUGUGGUGGUGUGGAAAGUGGUCUGAAACUGAAGCCAUGGGGCAUGGAUGUUAGAUGCCAAGUGACCUUGGAGAAGCCAGUUAACCUCUCUCAGCUUCUGUUUCUUCAUCUGUAAAACGGAUAGUACAAGUUCUCCUUGCUGGAUUAUUGUGUGGCUUAAAUGAAACAAUGUAUUUAAAAGCCCUUUGUAGUAAUUGAUAAAAAUAAGACCAUAAGCACAGAGAAUACUAACUCAGCAGGCUUAAAUGGGGAGGAAAGCAAAGUGAGUCC